AUGAAGAGAUUGAUACGGAGGCUAGCAAGAGUGGCAGAUUCUUCACAGUACAAUCUUUUGCGAUCGGAGUCGAGGACGAGGAGUCGACCGACUGUGUCUUUCAGGAGGAGCGGUGGUGUGCCGGAGGGACACUUGCCGGUGUAUGUAGGCGAGGAGAUGGAGCGCUUCGUCGUUAGUGCCGAGCUUUUGAAUCACCCGAUUUUUAUAAAGCUUCUGAAUAAAUCGGCGCAAGAGUAUGGUUACGAACAAAAAGGUGUUUUGCGGAUCCCUUGCCAUGUGUUCCUCUUCCAACGAGUGUUGGAGUCUCUGAGCAUCAAUGGCGGAGCUGAAGAUUCGAAUGACAUCCAGGAUCUCCUGAAUUAUCUCUCCGAUGAAUUCCGGUAG